AUGUCGAUACAUCGUUCUGGAUCAAAGCCACUCAUUGUUUCAGAGGCGUAUGGCAGAAAGUUGACACCAACAACAUCAAAAACCAACAAUGAAGAUAGUUUAUCAGAUUCUACUCCAUAUUUUGAUGCUUCGGCAAUUAAAGAUUUUAAUACUAAACCUAAUAAUAAUAAUGGAGGUGGAUCAAAUAAUAAUGGGUCGUGGACUGAUACAGUAGCAAGGAGAUGGAAGAAAUUUUCUAGUUGGACGAUCGGAAAUAGAAGAUUAAAGAUGUAUAUUUAUUCAGUUCUAAAGUUUGCUACUAUUACAUACGUUCAAGCAAAUGACGUAUUGGGCAAAGCUUCAAACACAAAUAAUCAAACAGAGAAGGAUAUGCAAAUGGCAUUCAAAGUUCUUUCAUAUCUAUACAUGGCUAUUUUAAUUUUACUUUUCACUUUCAGAUAUGUCAGAGAAUUGAUUGCAAUUUCCAGGAAGAAACCUCUUUCAAUUUGGUCAACGCAUUACCUACAUGCAGGACACAGUGUUUCUCUAUAUUUGGCUAAAGCUCAGCAUAUUCCAAAGAAUGCUCAUCCAGGGCAUGAUCAAAAUCAAAACCAUUAUCAUGAUGCCUUCGAUCAUCAUGCUCAUCUUUACACAAAUCAAUCUGAAACUGAUGACGAAGAAAAGAGUGAUGAAGUAUAUGAUGAUUUUAUUGGAAAACCAAAAGAGGCCACAAAACCAACAACAAGAAGACACACCGUUAUGGCAAUGACACCACCAAGACAAAAUAUUGAUUCUGAAAUUUUAUUGGAAGAGCCAAGAUUGGCAUUUAAUAAGUUUUAA